CUAUGUGUCAGCCCUGUGAUGACCUGGUGACUUGUCCAGGGUGUACCCCGCCUCUCGCCCGUAGUCGGCUGGGAUAGGCUCCAGCUUGCCUGUAGAACAGGAUAAAGCGGCUAGAGAUAAUGAGAUGAGAUGUACAGAUAGGGCGGCACGGCGGUGUAGUGGUUAGCACUGUCUCCGCACAGCAAGAAGGUUCUGGGUUUGAGCCCAGUGGCUGACGAGGGCCUUUCUGUGUGGAGUCUGCAUGGGUUUCCCACACAGUCCAAAGACGUGGAUUAUGUUGAUUGUCUACUCUAAAUUGCCCAUGUGUGUGUAUAUGUACCUGUUACCAGAUGGGUCCCUCGGGUGUGCUAUAAUCACCUAAGAGAUUUCAGGGAAGCUAGUUGAUAGCUUCCUGGAUCGCCGACCCUUGACUAUGUGGAUGGCGACAGACAGAUGUACAGAAUUGUAUUAGAUGUCAGUUCUGCAUUCAUUAUUGAGGGAUUUUAAUUGGCAUUACUUGGUUAAUUUUUUUCCCCACCUGUCUCUACUGUCGCUUUCACAUUCCCACAGCCGAACAAGGUGUUUUUCAAAGUGACCAUGUUGUGCACUAUGUACCGUAUGUAGUCAGUAGUGUCUAUUUUGCUUCGUCACAUGGUAUCAAUUCAAGUGUACUAAAUAUAACCCUGCAAGAAUAUGAUGAUGCAGCACCUUAGCUAAAUGACAUUUCUAAGGGCUUUUUUUAAUCAGAGGCCAGUCUUUGUGGUCCCUUAAGAUACGAGUGGCUUGUUCAUUCAUUCUGUUGCUGUGCACUUAUGUCAUUUUGUCUCGCGUGUUACAAAAUUCACACUGCAAACGUUGGCCUUUCCAAGGGGUUUUUGCAGAUUUGCAGACUUCACUGCCAGUUAUUGCUCAAUGAUUGAUGUGCUUCAGCAGAUAAGAGCAGAAGAAAGGUCAUGAGCGCUCCAAGUACAGCAUACGGCUUCGAUGUAUACUUGGCUGAUGGAGCACGAUUAUUUUCCACAGCUAAUUUAUUUCCAAAGCCCAAAUAAUUUUCCACCCCACCCACAUACUUCAUUAAUUCAUUAAUAUCCCAGUACUAUAUGGCAGUCUGUGCUACUUGCAAAGCUCACACUGCAUUUCUGCUUUUCAUUUUUCAUAUUUCAUUCUCGUCCUGCCUCCUGCCACCUCCUCCUCUUCUGUUUUUAGCGAAUAAUAUAAUGCUGCACUUUCUGCCGAAGCUGGAUGUCAUAUCUCCUCUUUCUUCUUGAGCUCAGACUGUCUGCCCCCAUGGGCACUCUCCUCUUCUCCUCCUCCAUGUCUACUAACAUGUGCAUAAAACACAUUUCCUAAUCACCCACUCCUGAAUUGUAGAAUGAGGACCGCCAUGCAUAAUUCAUGUUCUAACCUGGCAGCUUUGCUGCAUAUGAGUGACUUUGUCCCAGAACACCACCAUCAUCUGGCCUGCCAUCUGCAUGGUGACUCAACAUGCCCACUGGUUAAGGUGUGUCCUGGCCCCCAGCUGUGUCUGUGAAUGUCUGUCACCAUGGCUAAGCGUGAGACUGGCAGCACAAGUCCAGUGGUGCGGCAAAUAGACAAGCAGUUCCUGGUCUGCAGCAUCUGCCUCGAUCACUUUCACAACCCCAAAGUGCUGCCCUGCUUACACACCUUCUGUGAACGGUGCUUACAGAACUACAUCCCACCCCAGUCACUGACCCUGUCGUGUCCGGUGUGCCGACAGACCUCCAUCCUGCCUGAAAAAGGAGUAGCAGCGCUGCAGAAUAACUUCUUUAUCACCAAUCUGAUGGAGGUACUGCAGAGGGAUCCAGAAUGUUCCCGUCCUGAGGCCUGCAACGUGCUGGAGUCUGUGAGUGCAGCAGCUGCUGGGAAGCCUCUUUCCUGCCCAAAUCACGAGGGCAAGGUGAUGGAGUUUUACUGUGAGUCGUGUGAAACUGCCAUGUGUUUAGACUGCACAGAGGGGGAACACCGAGAACAUAUCACUGUUCCGCUGAGGGACGUUCUGGAACAGCACAAAGCAGCACUGAAGAAUCAGCUGGAUGCCAUUCGCAACAGGUUGCCUCAGCUCACAGUUGCAAUUGAACUGGUGAAUGAGAUCUCCAGGCAGCUGAUGGAGCGAAAGACUGAAGCAGUGAACGAGAUCAGCUGUACGUUUGAGGAGCUAGAGCGGGUUCUGCACCAACGUAAGACUGCCCUCAUCACCGACCUAGAGAACAUCUACAGCUCCAAGCAGAAGGUGCUGCAGUCCCAGUUGUCGUCCCUGCAGCAGGCAAAAGAACAUAUCGAGAGCAGCUGCAGCUUCACAGAACAGGCGCUGAGCCAUGGGGGUGCUGCCGAGGUGCUGCUUGUGCAGAAGCAGAUGGGGGAGCGUGCAGGUGCUCUAGCGUGUCACACCUUCCCUGAACGGCCGCAUGAGAACGGACACCUGCAGUGCCGCCUGGAGACAGAGGGCCUGCGGCGCUCCAUCCAGAACCUGGGCGUCCUAAUCACCACUAGUGCUGUCGGACACACCAGCGUGGCCACCGGAGAGGGCUUGAGGCACGCUGUUAUCGGCCAGCACAGCACCAUCACCGUCACCACCAAGGACAAGGACGGAGAACUGGUGCGAAGUGGAAAUGCACUUCUAAAAGCAGAGAUCACGGGGCCGGAAGGAAGCAAAGCAGUCGAGGUGGAGGUAGUGGACAAUAAAAACGGAACAUACGAAGUGGGCUACACGCUGAGGAGUGAGGGAGAGUAUUCUUUCUCACUGAUGCUCUAUGGCCAACCUGUGAGAGGGAGUCCAUUCAGACUGCGUGCCGUGAAGCCCAGCGACAUGCCUCAGUCUCCUGAAGACGUGAAGCGGAGGGUGAAGUCGCCCAGCGGAAGUGGAGGACACAUCAGGCAGAAAGCUGUGCGAAGACCCUCCAGCAUGUACAGCACAACUAAGAAGAAGGAGAAUCCUAUUGAGGAUGAGCUUAUCUACAGAGUAGGCACCAGAGGCAGAGAGAAGGGUGAGUUCACUAAUCUUCAAGGCAUCUCCACCUGCAGUGGCAAAGUUGUAGUGGCAGACAGCAACAACCAGUGUAUCCAAGUGUUUACUAAUGAUGGACAGUUUAAGCUGAGGUUCGGAGUGCGAGGUCGCUCACCAGGGCAGCUGCAGCGACCCACAGGAGUGACAGUCGACAUGAAUGGGGACAUCAUAGUAGCUGAUUAUGAUAAUCGAUGGAUAAGCAUCUUCUCCUCAGAAGGGAAGUUUAAGAAUAAAAUCGGUGCUGGGAGACUGAUGGGGCCGAAAGGCAUCGCGGUGGAUCGUAACGGUCACAUCAUCGCUGUCGAUAACAAGGCAUGCUGCGUCUUCAUCUUCCAGUCCAACGGGAAGCUGGUCACCAGGUUUGGGGCAAGGGGCUCGUUGGACAGACAGUUUGCAGAAAAAAGUGGUUCAAACUUUGCACAGGAGCAAAAGCUUAGUAAAUCUGGCCCUGGGUUCAGUCCACACUUUGUGGCCGUCAACAACAAAAACGAAAUCAUCGUAACAGACUUCCAUAACCACUCGGUUAAGGUGUUCAGUGCAGAUGGUGAGUUCCUCUUUAAAUUUGGCUCACACGGUGAAGGAAAUGGGCAGUUUAAUGCCCCAACAGGAGUGGCUGUUGAUGCAAAUGGGAACAUCAUUGUAGCAGACUGGGGUAACAGCAGGAUACAGGUGUUUGACAGCUCAGGCUCCUUCCUGUCCUACAUCAACACGAGCGCAGACCCGCUGUAUGGGCCGCAGGGUUUGGCGCUCACGUCUGAAGGUCACGUGGUUGUUGCUGAUUCGGGGAACCACUGCUUUAAAGUGUAUCGCUACCUGCAGUAGUGCUCCAGCUCUCCUGCUUUCUCUCUCUCUCUCUUACUGUUUUGCACAUUCAGCUGAGGUCAAACCCCUGAACCAAACUAUAGAGGGUGAGCGGAAAGCACCAGAGCAUUUUUCUUUCCAAAAAUUACUCGUUUUUUUUUUAUUAUUUAUAACGAUGAACUAGACCUUACGAUUGUUUCGAGUGGAUGUGGGAGAGGGAUAUACGUAAUAAGCACACAUUGUACAGUAAGUCACGUCUAGGUUGAUAAGAUAUUGGUGAAGUUGAGAAGAAUUUGUGUACAGCACUUUUUCUGAAGCCUGCAUUCACAAAGCUGGUGUUGUAAUUUUUUUGUAAACUUUAUAAUGACUCCUAAAACUACAAAUGCGCUAAUUAAUUCCAUGGUAACAUGUAAUCAACCUAAUACCAGAAUUUGUACAUAAACACAUGCAUAGAAAAUUCUGCAAUUCAAAUUCAUGAAUUCUAUUUUUUGAGGGAUUUUUUCCCAAAUACAGCAAUUAAGACACUUGUGAUAAAUAAGGACGCUUAAGUUACAUGUCAUUAAGGAAUUAAUUAUCCUGGUGCACUGAGGUCUAUAAUCGUUAACACGAUUACCGAAUUACAAAGAAUGAUCUGAUGUGGUUACGAUCCACGUGUAAUGUCAUGAAUCCAGGAUUCACAGACGGCACAGGUGAGCCGUUUUUAAACCCAGUGUCUUAACCUUCCAGAGGAUUUGCUAGUUUCUUUGGUCGGAAAUGACAUCGGAACUGAAACCUCUGAGUUUUCGUCAUGUCUCCCUGAAAACACAUUCAUACUGUUUGUCGAGUGCAAACAAACACCUGUCGUGGAUUUGUAUCUAUGCGCGUAAACAAGUGUCUGUAAAUAAAUAUAUAUAUAUAUAAAUAUAUAUAUGAGAAUAUAGAUGUAAUAUGUAAAUGUCCCACAUUUUUGGCUUCGCAUCGUCCCCUGAAUAACGUCACCGAGCUGGUGUUCUGCUUCAGCUGGACAGACAUAUAGUGCUCGAAAUAGCUCCAUAAGCGACUACGUGCAGUGGUCAAAUGAACCCGAUUUAUUUUUCUAUUUCAUUUCAUCAUGCUUCUUUAGAGUUUUUUUUUUUUUUAAAGAACCUGAGGGAGAAAAUCAGGGUUCGGAGAAAUGUUUUGUUAAACAAUGCAUUGCAAUGUGUUUGCACAUCGAGUACACAAUAAUCUGUAAAUAAUCGUUUCCGUUUAUACAGCCGGUGCAUCAUUGUGGCAGUGGAAAGUCUGUUAUUAUUAUUAUUUUUUUUAACCAGUAUUUAAUUGUUUUUAUUUAUUUGAAGUGUUGUACAGACUUUGGUGUUUUUAGAGGAGCUGUGCAUAAUUCUCACCAGCCAAAGCUUCACUAAUAUUUUUUUCUGUUCACUUUUGACAGCCUCAUCCAUUUGUCUUGAGGUAUAAGGUGCUGUUUUGAAUAAUGGAAGGUCAUUAUUUUUAUCAGUCAGUCAUAUCAAGUGUGUGUGAGUUGAAGGUAAUGUCACGUGAGAGCUUUUUGUGUGUAGGUGUUACUUUAUGACCAGGUUUAUUUAUCUGUUUCAGGAAAGUUGUGCAUGUUGGACAUUUAAAAAAAAAAAGUCCUGUUGCCAUCUAGUAACUAAAUGAAUCCGAGUAUUUACGUCACAUGUCAUAAAGAAAGACGUCUCGGAGCAGUGGUUCAGUAGUGGGGACGUGGCGCUCUUCACGUUUGUGUGCUUUCUAUGUUAGUCAGGCUACAAGUAGCUACUUGGUCCCCAAACUUGUGUGCAUCCUAAACACAAGGUAUUCGAUUCCUUAGGUUCAUUCAUAGGUUUUUAAAAAUCUUGGAACGUUAAAACACAUCAAUCAAUCACGUCAUACUUGGUUGGGUUUGACCCAGCACCCAGACAGACGCUGCUCGUUUUCACACGUUAUUUCUCAGUGCUAAAGCUGAUGUAUGCCUGCAGUGCAUUAUGGGAAUGGCUUCUGUGCAUUCUUAAAAAUAUCUGAUAUGCUUAGUGUUCUAACUAAACUAUAGCGCAAGUUCUAGCAUUCGGGACAUCGUAACUAGUUUCUGAGCAUCGGGAUCGAGUCCGUUUCCGUCUUCCAUAAUUCUGUGUUCGCUAUAAAAGAGAGCAAACUAGCUGAACCUCAUCUCUGAGACGCCGCACACACUGAAUCAUCACUAACUCCUUCCAGAACUCAUCGUGAAUUACAACUCAUUCAGUAAUAAAAUAUCUUGUAUAGCACAUGAAA